AUGACAACGAAAGCAGAAAUUGAUAUUGAAAUUAUACAAAGCAUCAAUCCAGAAUUAAGCGAGUUCAUAGAAGGGACGACCAAUGUUGCUAAUAACGCAUUAUCAUCUGUUGUUCCGAUACUCGGCAUUGUCACCUCUUUAAUAAAUGAUAUAUUUACAAUCCACGAGAAUACACAAUUCAAUAAGAAGAUAUCCCGAUUUAUAAUUAACCGCAUUGCAUCUGUCGAAACAAUCAUAAAAUCUUUAAAAUCACCGACCAAAUAUAGAGAAAAAUUUCAAGUUUUGCAACAUCAAGAAUCAUUUGUAAAAUUUCAAUCUACUUUGAGUAAGAUUAAACUAUUUGUAGAAACAGUGACACAGUUAAGGGCAUUUGAGACAUUUUUGCGUGCUACAAGCAUAAAGAAGAGUAUGAAUGAUCUGAAUUUUAUGAUGAUUAUCGUUUUUAAUGAACAACGAAGAAUUGAUAAUGAUAUUUUGACGGAUACUCUUACCAAAAUGAUUAAGGAGCCGCCACUUAGUCGCAAAUCAGAUCGUCGUGGUAAAUUAAAUCAAAUCAUAAAAAAGGUUUAUAAAGAUUCUAUCGAAGUAGCGUGCAAAUCACGUGACUCGGAGAAUCGAAGGUUUCGCCGUGAGUUAUUAGUUCUGGAAAAACUGGACGAAUGUAAGAGUAUUAGAAAAUUUUAUGGGCUUUCUGAGGUCGAUGAUAAAAAAGUUAUGAUUUUCGAGUGGGCCGAAAUGGGAAAUUUGAAAGAGGUCUAUAAUAGAGAACGCAUUUCUUGGAAUUUGAAAGCUCAGAAAUUUGCAAAGGGAUCAUGUUUUUAG